GAACGGCUGGGAUUGUUGCGGGUUGUUGUAUUUCAACGUGGUAUCAUGAAUGUGUGAUUAGAGGCCUCCUGGGUGGCGAGUGGUGUUUUCCGCCCUGAGAUGCUUCAUGCGGAGGGUAAGCCAAGAUGCCUUGAAAGCCAGGAUGCAUCAGCAAUUGAGCCAUGUUUUAAAAAAAUGAAAUCAACAGAAGAGCCUUAUGGCAGAUCCUAUGAUGGAUUGCAAAGCCUAUAUGAAGAAAUACACAUUAAAAAAACCCAUAGUGGGUUUAUACCUUUGUCUCUCUCUGAUGAUGAGGAUGGAGUAAAUGAAACUGCAGCAGACUUGGUCCCAUCUAAAGAGGUGUUCCAGGAUAUAAAACCAGUGACAUGUGAGCCUUCACAUUCAGUAAAUAAUACUGAAUUUACAGGAAAUAAACAUACUUUCUGUAUUAAUAAUGCUGUGGUAGUUAAUAAUAGAGAAAAUAAAUUAUUUGGAGUACAUAAAAAUGAAGGAGAUACUGAACUGUAUAGCACAAGCAAAGCUUUCAUUGGACCCAUUUAUAAAAGUGAAGCUGUUCGACAACAUGAGGAAAAGAAAAACUACACCAAGAGAAACAACCUAAAAGUGCAGAAAGCAACACUUGAUGGUAGUUCUAAGAAAGAAACGGCAUCAAAACGGAGUCUACCCUGUGAUAUACCAAAAAUAGAAGAUGAAUUGUCCCAAUUCUAUAGUGAAAUUAAUCGGCUUGAAAAUGAUGAAAAUGACUUGGAUGGAGCAGGAAGAGACUCUGAAAAAAAGCCUAUGAAAUAUAACAAAUGGAAUCAAAUAGAGAUUAUCAACUCUCAAGACUGGUCCUACAGCAAAACAACAUCCAAUUGUGAUGUUGGUCAGUGUUUUUAUAAUGAACCCAGUGACCAUAGAACACGUAGUGAACAGAAUCCCUAUGAUGAGCAAGUGGGUCAUAGAACUGGUGAUGGGCAAUAUUUUGAUAGUGAAAGAAAUGCAUGGGACACUGGAAAACUAUGUAAUAAACAAGUAGGUUCUAGAUUCUGGAAUGAUCCUGUACCUCCGUUUAUGCCUAGCUGGCAACAGAUGCAUCCAUUUAUAAUACCUUAUUGUCCACCACCUCCCCAGUUCAUCCCUAAUUUUAAUUUUAAUGAGCCCAUUUCAUCAUUGCAUCAUUCAAAUAAUUGCUAUUCUUCAAAUGUGGGUCCAUUUAAAAACACCCACAUUAACAUGAGCUGUUCACCAUCUGAUAAAAAUGAAACUGCUAGUCAUUCUGGAACUCAUGGAAUAUAUACCAUUCAAAAUGGAUGCAAUGUCCGUGAAGGAUAUAUAGGUAAUGGUUUCUGUGAAACUGGGACUGGUCUGAAAGAUGCUCAGCAAACUGAAGGAUCAAGUAGUGUUUUUCAGCAAUUCUUGGAUGGAAAUUUAUGUAAAUCACAGAAGGUACUUGUAAUCUUGAGAGGUCUUCCAGGAUCAGGAAAAACUACAUUGUCUCGCAUUCUGCUUGGCCAGAGUCAUGAUGGCAUUGUGUUCAGCACAGAUGAUUACUUUUGUCAGCAAGAUGGAUGCUGGUCAUAUAAUGUUGGCCAGCUUGGCGCUGCUCAUGACUGGAACCAGAAGAGAGCAAAACAAGCAAUGGAUCAAGGAAGAUCUCCAAUUAUAAUAGACAACACUAAUACGCAAGCAUGGGAAAUGAAACCUUAUGUGGAAGCGGCUCUAGAAAAGAAUUAUAGAGUGGAAUUCCAUGAACCAGACACCUGGUGGAAGUUUGACCCUGAAGAAUUAGAAAAGAGGAACAAGCAUGGGGUCAGUCAUGAGAAGAUUAUUCAAAUGCUGGAAAGAUAUGAAUAUCAAAUAUCUAUACCCAUUGUCAUGAAUUCAGUGCUGCCUUUUCAUAAAACUUCACAGAGGCCACCUCAGCAAAGAAGACAGAGGUGGGGAGGCAGUUCAGACUCUUGGAAUAAUUUCAGUGUAUCAAAUAGCCAAUGAGUCAGGGUUCAUUGAACUUAAGACAAUUUGUUUGCUUUUCAGAAAAAUGUAAAUACUGCAAUCUGACACAGAGUUCAGUGCACUGGCAUCUAUGGAAAUGGAUGGAUUUAAGCCUGCUUCACUCUGUGUGGGAUUAUCAAACUAUUCAGCCACUUUCUUUAGAGGCUUAAGUAAUUUUACUGCAGACAAUUACCUCUUGGAGAAUGUUUAUAAAUAAUGUAAAUAAAUGUUUAAUUUUAAAACUGAAUGUUAAAUAUUUUCUCUAUCUAUAUAUUUGUACUAACCUUGGUUUUUAAGGAAACCCUGCAAUUUUGUGGCUGUAUCAUGGUUUAUAAUUGGGAUUUUAACAAGAGUGUUCUUGCUUACAGAGAAACUGCUGAGCAGUUUCAUUAAGAAUUCUAACUAGAAUAUUAUGAAUUUCCUUAAGCAUAGGUAUCCAGAAGAAUAAGUUUUUACAUAGGUGUUACAUUUGAACCAUUGCCAUUCACUGCUUUCAGUAGUGGCCUCAGUUGUCUUUUAUACCAGUUACUUCAACUAAUAGCUAAGCUUGUCUUUUUUUAAGAUUAAGGCUAAGUUUGUUGUUUGUAUAAAUAGUCAGCUACAAAGCAGUAUUCAAGCCCGUUAAAAGUUGUGGUUUGAACAUGUCAGCAGGUAACAUGCAGCCUUAGCUGGAAUUCUAAUAAGAUCCUUUGUUUGAUUUUUUUUUUUAAACAGUGAAAUUUAUAAGAGUUUCUCAUACUCUGCUGUAUGGACAUCUAGACUUUUUUUGGUUGUAAAGAAGCAGUAAGUCUUAUAUGUUGGACAGACUGAAACAUGUUUCUGUGGACAUCAAUAACAUUUAAAUCCACAUUAUGUUAUUUCAGAAUUGUGAUGCAGAUAACAACCAAGUUGCUGAGCCUGAGCUAGUAAACUGUUUAAUUAUUGUGGUAAUUCUGCUUUUUUAAUAUGUUGUAAAUGUUUAUCAGAUUUGUGUCUUUUUUUGUAUCAGCUGAUGUAGUCUAUGGUAGGCCUGCUGUUUCAGCAAUCCAGAGAGCGCAUGCAAUAGGUGGGUUGGAUUCUGUGGAACUUUUCCAUCAGAGCUUCAUUUCCCUUUAGCACAAAGAGCCGUAUGCCAUUGGAAGAACUUCUUAGCCUAGUAGAAGGCUCAUAAUGCUGGAGAAAAGCUCCCUCCAUUAGUGAAAGUUUCAUUGGAUCCAGCCCAUUGGAGCUUGAUUUUUGUCCUUCAUGGCUUUAGUUAAAUAUUUUAAAAUGUCAUUGUAAUCUAUUAGGGCCCUUCUGUUUUGGGCUCGCAAAGGACUAAUUGGGAGCUAUCUGAUGGCGAUUUUGGGUUUCUAAAAUCAUUUUUUCUAAUCUGUUUUUGGAGAUUAUCAUUGUAUGUCAUACUGCCUGAGUAGUUUGAUUUUGUUUACAUUUUGGACAACAGGUAGUUGGAGUACGUUUGGUAGAUUUUGUCUAACCUUUGACAUCUAAAGACUGCAAAAGAAAAAUAAGCCAUUUAUUUCAGUUUUGCAAAUCCUUGCCCUUCCAUUUCAGUAUUGCUAGUCCAUAUGCCUAUCUUGGCAGCACUCAUUGUUUUUUGCUUUAUUUGGGGCAAGCUGUAUCUCCUGGGCAGCUGCACAUGUGCUUGUACCCCUUCUUCCUGGCUUUAAAAAGCCAAUGACAGAUGAGAAGGCGGGACUAGUUUACCACACAGAUGCUUGCAUGAGGACUAAUACCACUCAGUGACCUGUUCACUCCACUGUGCUUAUCAUUUAACUGUUCCAGCACAUUUGUGAAACCUGGAAUUAUUUUCUUAUUGUUCAGUGGGCUGUUCAAAUGAAACAUCUGUAGCCUUUUUUCCCUAAAGAGAAUAUACCUUGGCUUCUGUAAAGAAAAUGCUGGUUGGUUCUGUACACUUUGAAUGAUUAAAAGCUGAGGGCUACAUUUGUAAUACAGUAAGCAUUUGGUCUGGCUCACCCAAUUUAAAGAAUCAUUGCUUAAAGUGAUAAUUUCAUUGCCUGAUCUGUACUCCUUGGGUUACAUCCACACAAGUAGCUCCUCCCAAGUAACUGGAAUUUUCUACAAAUUUAUAGAGGCAGAAUGGCUAAGUUGUUGACAUUCAGGAUGUAAAAAUGAAAAAUUUAUAUGCUGUCUGUUACUUCAGAGAAACCUUUCUUUUUACUGAUGUUUUGUGUAGAAGAGGAAAUGUUUCUGCCAUUGUGUUGUUGAAUAUCUGGGUUACAUGCACUGCUGAGAAUUAUCUUUAUAACUUACCUAAUAGAUAGGACACAAGCUGCUUGGCACUUGCAUUUGGGUAGCCUGUGAGUGUUGUCAGUGACAACAUUAGGAGAGCAGAAACACUCCACCAUGGACUGCUUUUGUGCAAGCUCCACUGGAAAUGGAUGGGCCUCUAUGGAAGCACAGAGGGAUGUCCUUGCCCCACUUGUAUGCAUACUUCCAUUUUCUGGUAUAUUGUGCUGCAGGCUGACACCUUAGACAUAUUGGCCUUGCAUUGGCUGAAAGAUAGUAUCUGCAUCAGCAGGUUAUUUUUGAUAUGAAGAAACAUUAUCUUGCUUUUCUAAUUAAGUAAUGAUUUGUUUUGUGGCUAGCUAUGGAGAGCAACUCAUUGAAAAACUCUCUCUUAGGGUAAUUCAGUUUUUUAAGCAGAAUUACAUUAUUCAAGAGCUGCAAUCUGUUAUAUAACAUAGUACAAGUGGAACAAAAAUCAAGUCCAGUAGCACCUUAAAGACCAACACAAUUUUCCAGGGUAUGAGAUUUCAUCAGUCAAGGCUUCAUCAGAUACAGCUUUGACUCACAGAAGCUUAUACCCUGGAAAAUGGUGUUGGUAUUUAAGGUGCUACUGGACUCAGAGUUUGUUCUACUAUUAUAUACGUGGCUAGUUGCCUGAAACUGUCUUCAUAGUACAAGCGCUUGCUGAUCAGUUCUGAUACCUUGGAAAAGGAAAACAGUUAACAUUGUCAUCCAGUGACUGCUAACACUCAAAUUCCUUGUAACCAGGAUUAUAUGUGCAACUUGUGCAGCAGACAUGUCAGAAGAAUGAUGGAAACACUUGUCAAUAUCAUGCGAAGAGUUACCAUAUUGAAUAGUUUGUGGUUUACAGUCUCCUUUUUCUGUUUAUGGAUUAGUUGGGCCUUAGUGCCACAGCCUCCAGAAAUGACCUGAAUUUAUGGAGGACAGAUAUCUGUCCAUUGCCCAAUUUGUGUAAGCUUGCAAAUGAGAAUCAGAUAUAUUUGUGCAUGCGCAAGACAUGUAUGAAGAAAGUUCACUGGAGCAAGAGAAAGGGGCAAAGUACUAGUGAUAGGCAAAGUAUACUACGGCUCUGAAUUUAUGUUCUCUAAACAGUCUCGCUAGUUAAGCACCUGAGAUACACUCAGCAUUUUUCUAUAUAUUGUCUUUCGUUUAGUUAAGUUAUCCAAGGUUUAUGUCAUCGUGGUGGGGUGAAAGAAAAAAUAGAAAGUUGAGCAAAAAGGUUAGAAAGAAAAUCCAGAUAUUUAAUUUUGUUAAGUGGCUUUUAUGUGCUUUAUUUUCAAUGUGUGUGAUAAAAAUGUGCAUGUAAAAUACUUUUAUAUAAAUUUUAUAUAAAUUAAAAAAUUUAAUGAAUCGCUGCUUAAUUUGUUUGUAACAUGUUAUGUCACACAAGUAAAGAUUUUUUAAUGUCGUA